CGCAGAUCAUGACCAUCAUGAACAUCAACACCAUGAUGCUGUCCUUGACCGCUGCAAAGGCCUUGAAAUGGAUGCUGUCACUGUGAACGAGGAGGGAAUCCCCUACUUUUUCAAAGGCGACCACCUGUUUAAGGGUUUCCAUGGCAAAGCAGAGCUGUCAAAUGGGUCUUUCGCAGAGUUGGAUGACCACCAUCUGGGCCAUGUUGAUGCUGCUUUCCGCAUGCACUAUGAGGAUGAACCCACCCACCAUGAUCGCAUCUUUUUCUUCCUGGACACAAAGGUGUUCUGCUACUACCAACACAAAAUUAAUGAAGGCUACCCUAAGGAUAUCUCCGAGGUCUUUCCUGGAAUCCCAGACCACCUUGAUGCUGCUGUAGAGUGUCCCAAGCCGGACUGCGAUGAAGACUCUGUGAUCUUCUUCAAGCAAGAUGACAUCUACCACUACAAUGUAAAAACCAAAGCUGUGGACAAGAAGGAGUUCCACUCCAUGCCAAACUGCACAUCGGCUUUUCGCUUCAUGGAGCACUACUACUGCUUCCAUGGACACAAGUUCUCCAAGUUUGACCCAAAGACCGGCGAGGUGCAUGGCAGAUACCCUAAAGAGGCCCGCGACUACUUCAUGAGGUGCUCCAAGUUCAGUGAUGACAGUGACCAUCUGGAGAGAGAGCGCUGCAGCCGUGUUCACCUGGAUGCCAUCACAUCUGAUGAUGAGGGAAAUAUUUAUGCAUUCAGAGGCCACCAUUUUAUUAGCAAAGACAGCAACGACACACUGAAAUCUGACACAAUUGAAAGCGCCUUCAAAGAGCUGCACAGCGAUGUCGAUGCAGUUUUCUCCUAUCAGAAUCAUCUCUAUAUGAUUAAGGAUGACCAUUUGUUCGUUUACAAAGUUGGUGAGCCACACACACACCUGGAGGGUUAUCCCAAACCUGUGAAAGAGGAGCUGGGAAUUGAGGGCCCCAUUGAUGCUGCUUUUGUUUGCCAAGACCAUCACAUCGCUCACAUCAUCAAAGGUCAACACAUCUAUGACGUAGACAUGAGCGCUAACCCCCGCGUUCCCACAAACCCGCGUUCCAUCUCUGUCCUCAACAGGGUGGAUGCUGCUAUGUGCGGUCCACAUGGAGUUACGGCGAUCAGUGGAAACCAUUUCUACCACUUUGGGAGCGUCAUGUUGAUGGCUGCCUCCAAGAUCCUGCCUGAGCAGCAUAGGGUAUCCCUGGAGCUGUUUGGCUGUGAUCACUAAAUAACUUUCUCAGAAUGGACUGAACAGAUUCACAUAUAACACAGUGGAACAUGGAAAAACAAGCUACACAAACAUCUGAGUGGCGACUUCUGUUCUCAUGCUCUGACAGAUCACACAGUGUUUCCUGCAACUUGUUUACCUUCUGCAACUUACCUCAAAAAUAAAACUCAACAUUUCUCUUUUCUUUUAGAAGGGAUUCUAUUUUUCACCCUGUGGCCAUCAGUGCAAAGAGUGCUUCCAAGGAGUUCAGUGGUGAUACAUGUUUUUCUGUGUUUCAUUUUCUGCAGUGUUGUGGUGAAUAAAGAGACGUGGCAAUCAUCAU